CAACACUGGACGAGCAAAGCUCAGCAUCCUCAGCCUCUCCUGGUCCACACCAACAACCGCAGUCAUGAAUGUAGGUAUCUGUGUGUGUGUUCUACUGGCUGCUCUGUCCAGCGGUUCCCUGAGUCUGCCCUCACAGUCCAUCCCCCAGAGAGCUGAGGGUGAGGCUCUCCUGUCAGACAGCCUGCCCUCCCCCUCACCCAACCACACGCGUCAGGUCCGCUCAGCUCCAGCGCCCCCCUCAGGGCAGCUCGCCAACUACAACCAACCCCAGGAGGACACAGACCCUAGAAACGGCCUGAGCCAGCUACUGGCCAGACUCAUCUCCAGGAAAGGCUCUCCCCACCAGGCCAGAUCCUCCCUCACCAGCAGAGCCAGUGGUCUGUCCCCGGCCCACAGGAUAAAGGACAGAGAUUAUCUCGGCUGGAUGGACUUUGGGAGACGCAGUGCAGAGGAGUACGAAUACUCCUCCUAAAGGCAUGGCUCGCUUCUACCGAAAAAUCAGAGUUACAAAAAAACAACAACCCUAAACCGCCAAUAAAAGUUUGCAGAAAUAAUGAGCCCUUUUCACACUGCACUGACUGUAACCCAGGGCUGAGGUGACUGGAUCGGAGUGUGAAGAUGCUAUAUAAUGAUGUGGUUUAACACAAAUGAUGUGCUGGUUAAAAGGAAAAAUAUCACCAGACAUUGACCUUGAACACUAAAAACAGCAUUUAUUUGUAUUUAAAGCUCAACAGACAUUUGCUAUCAAGUCUUAAUACUAAUAUGGUAUUAUAGUAAUUCAUAAUAUUUUUAAGAAUAAUAUACUUGCAAUAGACACCUAACAUUUGGAUGGUAUGAGAACUAAUUAUCAAUCAAGAAAUUUGCUUUAAAAUUGAGUUUCAGCCUCAUUUCAGGGAGAUUAAUUAAUGUGUUAAGGCUCAAAUUUAUGCCACUUAAAUACGUGAAUAAGUGUCAACAUGUCUCAUUUUACUGACGAUCCCGAUUGUAUCCGAGGCCUUUUAUUGGACCUAAAUGAGCCACUAAAUUGUCUUUGGCAAAAUUAGGCAAAAGUGCCGAUUUAUGUCUGUAUCUUUGAUUGCAGCUCAGUUCACUUCAAUUUUACACCAGUGCACAGUUUGAAAGAUAUAACUUGUCUUGUGCAUCUGAAGAGAACAGAGUGCUGUGAUAUUAAAAAUCAACAGGUUCAAGUAUCAGUGUGGAGUCAGUAACAGUUUCUAUGGACUGGAAAACAAACAGCACCUGGAACCUGCCGGCUGAAGGUGACCCUGGGCUGAAAUGUGCAGUGUGAAAAGCACAGAAUGUUUUGAAAAGCACAACGUGUCUAUGUGAGACGCUUGGGAGUCUCUGUAUCAUUGCAUAAUGGGCUCACAAAUUGAAAAUCAGGACUACCAGUACUGUAGAUAUGAGUUAAGGAGUGUCUUUCUUUCUUGUGGAGGAUCAUCACAUAUAUAUGUAUGUAUGUAUGCACUCUUACAGGUUCAGUCUGUAUGUUUCUACAAACUUUCAGAUUCAGCACUAUUCAAAAUAAAGCUCCACUCUCUGACGACAGCAAGAAAAGCUUUUGUUUUGGGAUGAUGAAUUCAUAGAGUCUGCAGGGCACAGCUGGAGGGCUGAUCCCAAGCAUUUCAUGUAGCCACUGCCUGUGUUCAUGGAGCUGAGACGUCUUGGCUGCACGUCAGUCUGCUGUACGAGUUUUCUUCCACAUGAGCAUUUGGUCUAAUUCACCACGAGAUCCAGGAUUCCACAGAGGCCAGGAUAUUCUCAUUAAUGUCAAUUGUUACUGCACAUCAGGAUUUUCUAGGAUUAGCGUCAUUAAUAAUGAGCCGGUUUCCUGAAUAAGAUGUACAGGUUUAAUCCUGCCAUAAGGCUCUGAAACACAUCUUAAAUUACCCUAAGUUAAAAAAGAAGAACGUCAGCCAUCUGUGUUGGUACUCAUUAGUGAGGUUUUGUGUGCAAUCAGCUCAUUCUGAUGUAAAUGACAGAGUCCCCUGGGACAUGAAACUAAACUGUAACACACAAAAAGUGAAGGAAAACCCACCUUAACAUCUCAGAGUGGACGACAGCUAUGAUAACAGAUAUUAACAUAUGAUAUUAGGUCUACAGGCAAAUGACAUCAAAUGCUUAUGAGGAGCAAACACCGAAAUGUUGAAGUGAAGAGUUCUCUGCCACAUCAUGAAUAUGAAUGCAACCAGUUUGUAAAGAAAAUGUUAAUAAAAUCAAGCCUUUAGUUUGGAAAUAUAAAAUGUUGUCUCCAGAAAAUAGAUGAUCAUGUCUCAGAUGUAAAUUUGUUUGUAAAAUUGAUAAGAAGCAAUAUAAAUGUACGUGUAUAUGAUUUUGAUGAA